AUGGUUUUUGGAUUAGGAGCUGCUUCGGGUGCGGCACUAGGUGAUGUUAUUGCGGAUUAUCUUGGAUGGAGAUGGAAAUUUGAUGUCCAGGUUCCGGGAUUGAUUUUUUGGUUGAUUGUUUCGUGUUUGGGUUUUCCUUUUGAUUUGGGGUUGAAGAGGGGGAUGAAAUCUUUGAGGGAGGCUUUGGGUGUUUUUGAUUAUAAGGAAGGGGUCGUUGUUACUUAUGACUACUGUUAA